AUGACCAUUUUUGCUUUAUCCGAUAAUUUGAGGAUCUGGUCAUUGGGUGAUUGUUAUUUCAACGGGCAGAGACGAGUGCAUCAUCAUGAAGACGGCUGUGCUGCUUGGCUGGCUCUAUCCGCGGGGUGUAGCCAUGAGAAGCACGACGAGAGGGAAUGGACCAAGGAGGAGCUGGCCGAGCUGGAGGCAAAAUGGGGAUUUGAUGGGAGAAUGGUCGUUUACUGGGUUUGGAUCGUUUGCGCACCUGGACCAUGUCAAGUGCCUAACGAAUCCCGCCGAGAGAUUCGGCAUUGCCGUUGUCGGGGCGCCGUUCGACACGGCCGUGAGCUACCGUCCAGGCGCGCGUUUCGGGCCCAGAGCUAUCCGCCAGGCUUCAUCCCGCGCGCCAACAUCAAUCCGUACCGGAACUGGGCCAAGGUUGUGGACUGCGGCGAUAUUCCCAUCACGCCGUUUGACAAUGACAUUGCGAGGGAGCAGAUGACGCAGGCGUUUAAGGAGGCUGGGCGGGAGGGGGACUGUGUCGGCGCUGAGUUCGAAGCCUAA